CGCCCAUCCUCGCCACCACGCUCAGGGCGAGACGUCGGUGCGCAGCGAGACGGCGGCGCCGGAGUGGAACGAGCAGCUGAGCUUCGUGGAGCUCUUCCCGCCGCUGACGCGCGGCAUUCGUCUGCAGCUGCGGGACGACGCGCCCCUGGUGGAUGCGGCCCUCGCCACGCACGUGCUGGACCUGAAGUGGAUCUCGCACCCGGGCCGCGCAGCCGGGUUUAACCCCACCUUCGGCCCAGCCUGGGUACCUCUCUAUGGCUCGCCUUCCAGCGAGGGGCUCCGGGACGGUCUUCAAAGUCUCAAUGAAGGCCUUGGCCAAGGCAUUUGGUUCCGCGGCCGCCUGCUGGUGGCUGUGUCCAUGGAAGUGAUGGAAGGGAGAGCUGAAUCCGAGCCUCCCCAGCCCCCCCAGGGGUCCAGGUUGUCCCGGCUCAAGGGAAAGAAGAAGAAAGCUAGGCGUGGCCAGACUCCAACCGGGAUUCAGCAGCACCUAGAUGCCAGCUCCAGUGCUGAUGCACCUGAGAUUCCUAGUGCCAUGGAGGUGGAGGUGGAGGAGUUGCUGCCGCUGCCAGAGAACGCCUUAGCACCCUGCGAAGAUUUCCUGCUCUUUGCUGUGCUCUUCGAGGCCACCAUGAUUGACCCCGCCAUGGCCUCUCAGCCUAUCAGAUUCGAGAUCUCCAUUGGUCAAGCAGGUCGCCAGGAGGAGCAGUUGGGCCGAAUUUCCAGAGUCAGGGAAGGAGCAGAGGAUGCUGCAGGAGAGGCACAGCCUCUACUGCAGUCAGAGGCGGGAGUCCGGCCAGUGGAGGAGGAGGAACUGGGGAUUCCUGCUCAGCGGCCUGAGCCCGUGGAUGGCAGCGGGCCGUACUUCUGCUUGCCCCUGCGUCACCACAAGCCUUGCGUGCAAGUGUGGAGCCGCUGGGAGGAUCACUCGUGGCGCCUGCAGAGCAGUAACUGCGUGCAGAAAGUGGCCAAGAGGCUGGACCAGGGACUGCAGGAGGCUGAGACUCUGCAGCGCAGGCCGGGGCCUGAGGCGUGCACAAGGCUGAAGCAGACGCUGGAAGAGCUCAUGGCUGGGAGCAGACAGUUUUGCCACGGUGCUGAGCGCAGGACAGUGACCCGGCCCAAUGCCCUGGAUCGAUGCCGACAGAGACUGCUGGUGCAUAGCCUGAACCUCUUGGCAAAGCAAGGACUAUGGCUCCUACAGGGCCUGAGACAGGGCAACGUGCAAGGGAAGGUUGCACUGGCCAAGAAGCUUCUGGCGAAACUGCGCUUCCUGGCCCAGGAGCCCCAGCCUCCCCUCCCGGAUGUGCUGGUCUGGAUGCUCAGUGGACGGCGCCGUGUGGCCUGGGCCCGCAUCCCUGCCCAGGAUGUGCUGUUCUCUGUGGUCGAGGAGGAACGGGGCCAGGACUGUGGGAAGAUCCAGAGUCUGCUGCUCACAGCACCUGGGGCAGCCCCUGGUGAGGUCUGUGCCAAACUGGAGCUCUUCCUGUGGCUGGGGCUGGGCAAGCAAGCCAAGGCCUGCACCUCAGAGCUCCCCCCGGACCUGCUGCCUGAGCCCUCUGCUGGGCUGCCUUACAGCCUGUGUCGGGACGACUUCAGCUACUUCCAGCUCCGGGCUCACUUGUACCAGGCCCGAGGUGUGUUGGCAGCAGAUGACAGUGGGCUCUCAGACCCCUUUGCUCGAGUCCUCAUCUCUACACAGUGCCAGACCACACAGGUCCUGGAGCAGAUGCUGAGCCCCCUGUGGGACGAGCUCUUAGUGUUUGAUCAGUUGAUUGUGGAUGGGAGGAGGGAGCAUCUGCAGGAGGAGCCUCCGCUAGUGGUCGUCAACAUCUUUGACCACAAUAAGUUUGGCCCCCCUGUGUUCCUGGGCAGGGCGCUGGCCGCCCUGAGGGUAAAGCUGAUGGAGGACCCUUACCAACGCCCCGAGCUGCAGUUCUUCCCCGUGAGGAAGGGGCCCCGGGCAGCCGGGGAGCUCAUCGCCACCUUUGAACUCAUUGAACUGGACUACAGUAGCCAGCUUGAGCCCUCAGUGCCCAGUGAUGUGGAGCCCCAGGACCUGACACCCCUGGUCGAGCCCAUCUCCGGACGCCUAUCCCUGCCGCCCCAUGUGCGCCCAGUUCUCAGGGAUUUCCGUGUUGAGGUACUGUUCUGGGGUCUGAGGGGCCUUGGCCGUGUGCACCUGUUCGAGGUGGAGCAGCCCCAGGUUGUGCUGGAGGUGGCUGGGCGACGUGUGGAGUCCGAGAUCCUGGCCAGUUACCGUGAGAACCCCAAUUUCACCGAGCUCAUCAGGCAUCUGACAGUGGACUUGCCGGAGCAGCCUUACCUGCAGCCCCCACUCAGCAUCCUGGUGAUUGAGCGCCAGGCCUUUGGCCACACAGUGCUUGUGGGUUCCCACAUUGUCCCCCAUAUGCUGCGAUUCACACUCCAGGCUCAUGAGGAUCCCCCUGAGGAGGAAGAAGAGGAGGAGACAGGGGACCUAGUUCCCAAGGGACCUCAAGGACAGAGGUCCCUGGAUCCCUUCUUGGCUGAGGUGGGGAUGCCCAGACGGCUCCUGAAGGCUCCUCUGAAGAAGCUCCCUCUGGGAGGCCUCCUGAAUCAAGGCCCAGAGCUGGAGGAGGACAUCCCAGAUCCCGAAGAGCUUGACUGGUGGUCCAAGUACUAUGCGUCGCUGCAGGAGCUCCAGGGGCAGACCAACUUUGAUGAGGAUGAAAUGGAUGACUCUGGGGAUUCAGAUGGGGUCAACAUCAUUUCUGUGGAUGGGGAAGCCCAAGACCAGGGUGAGGCUGAAGUAAAAGACUCUGUGUUCCAGAAAAAAGCAGUUGCUACUCUGAAGAUUUACAACAGCUCCCUGGAGGAAGAGUUUAACCACUUUGAAGACUGGUUGAAUGUGUUUGCCCUGUACCGAGGGCAAGGGGGUCAGGAUGGAGAUGGAGAUGGAGAGGAAGAAGGGUCUGGAAACCUUGUGGGCAAGUUCAAGGGCUCCUUCCUCAUUUAUCCUGAAUCAGAUGCAAUGUCCUUCUCUGAGCCUCAGAUCUCCCGGGGGAUCCCACAGAACCGGCCAAUCAAGCUCCUGGUCAGAGUAUAUGUUGUAAAGGCUACCAGCUUGGCUCCGGCAGACCCCAAUGGCAAAGCUGACCUCUAUGUGGUGGUGAGCGCUGGCCGGGAGCGGCUAGACACCAAGGAGCGCUACAUCCCCAAGCAGCUGAAUCCCAUCUUUGGAGAGGGUGGGUACAAUGCCUGGCGUGAUGCAUUCCGGCCUUCACAGAUCCUGGCAGGGCUGUGCCAACGCUGUGGCCUCCCUGCCCCUGAAUACCGAGCCAGAGCUGUCAAGGUGGGCAGCAAAGUCUUUCUGACACCGCCAGAGACCCUGCCUCCAGGUGGUGGGGAAUCCAAGGUGGUAAGUGAGGUCCCCGAGGAGGCCCAGGCAUUGCAGGUGCUGCGGCACUGGCAGGAGAUGCCGGGCCUUGGGAUCCAGCUGGUACCUGAGCACGUAGAAACACGGCCCCUCUACCAUCCCCGCAACCCGGGGCUGCUACAGGGAUCCCUUCACAUGUGGAUUGACAUCUUCCCCCGAGAUGUGCCUGCCCCACCCCCAGUUGACAUCAAGCCUCGGCAGCCAAUCAGCUAUGAGCUCAGAGUCAUCAUCUGGAACACGGAGGACGUGGUUCUGGAUGAUGUGAACCCGCUCACUGGAGAGACAUCAAGUGACAUCUACGUGAAAAGCUGGAUGAAAGGGCUGGAGCAUGACAAGCAGGAGACAGACGUGCACUUCAACUCUCUGACGGGAGAGGGGAACUUCAACUGGCGCUUUGUGUUCCACUUUGACUACCUGCCCACGGAGCGUGAGGUGAGCGUCCGGCGCCGGUCAGGACCCUUCGCCCUGGAGGAAGCUGAGUUCCGGCAGCCGGCUGUGCUGGUCCUGCAGGUCUGGGACUACGACCGCAUCUCCGCCAACGACUUCCUUGGCUCCCUGGAGUUGCAGCUACCGGACAUGGUGCGAGGGACCCGGGGCCCUGAGCUCUGCUCUGUGCAGCUGGCCCAGGACAGGGCUGGGCCAAGGUGUAACCUGUUUCGCUGCCGCCGCUUGCGGGGCUGGUGGCCUGUAGUGAAGCUGCGGGAGCCUGAGGACGAGGAGCGGGAGCAGCGGGAGGCUCAGGCUGGCAAGAAGAGGAGGAAGAGGAGGAGGAAGGGUCGGGAAGAAGACUUAGAGUUCACAGACCCAGGAGGCAACAUCUACAUCCUCACGGGGAAGGUGGAGGCAGAGUUUGAGCUGACUGUGGAGGAGGCUGAGAAACGGCCAGUGGGGAAGGGGCGCAAGGAGCCUGAGCCCUUGGAGAAGCCCAACCGCCCCAAAACCUCCUUUAACUGGUUUGUGAACCCGCUGAAGACCUUCGUCUUCUUCAUCUGGCGCCGGUACUGGCGUAUCCUGGUGCUGCUGCUGCUGCUGCUGGCACUGAUCACUGUCUUCCUCCUCCUCGUCUUCUACACCAUGCCCGGCCAGAUCAGCCAGGCCAUCUUCCGCCCCCUCCACCAACCCUAACGGACCUGGGAAGCUCAUCCAUAAUGCCAGCUCCUCAACUCCUGCUCCUGGCAGUCCUUCCCACCAGUAGGAGCCAUCCUGGCAGAGUGGAAACCUUAUCAGGCAUCCACUCUGAUGCUUGAACACAUGCUGUGUAUAAUAAAUAAUAAGUAAUACA